CUUCGUUUUUCAUUUUGCAACAGUAGAAGAAAAGGUAAAAGCUGUAAAGUGGAAAUCAGAUUUUCGUGUGUAGAAAAAAAUCAAAUUAAUUUAUUAAAAGUAUAAUUAAUUUAGUAAACUAAUUUUCCAAAGAAUAUAAUAAUUCUAUAAUGGAUGCUGAAUAUGACGCAAUUGUAUUGGGAACUGGCUUGAAGGAGUGCAUUUUAUCUGGAAUGCUUUCAGUUUCCGGGAAAAAGGUUUUGCAUAUCGACCGUAAUAAGUAUUAUGGAGGCGAAUCGGCUUCAAUUACUCCAUUAGAAGAAUUAUUUCAACGCUUCGGAGAAGAAGGAAAAUUUCAGGAAAGCGUUUAUGGACGUGGCCGAGACUGGAAUGUUGAUUUAAUUCCAAAAUUUUUAAUGGCAAAUGGUCAAUUAGUUAAACUUUUGAUUCAUACGGGCGUUACCCGAUAUUUGGAAUUUAAAUCAAUUGAAGGCAGUUAUGUCUACAAGGCUGGAAAGAUUGCAAAGGUCCCUGUAGAUCAAAAGGAAGCGUUAGCAUCCGAUUUGAUGGGAAUGUUUGAAAAACGUCGUUUUCGAAACUUUCUUGUCUAUGUUCAAGAUUUCAAGGAAGAUGAUCCAAAAACUUGGAAAGAUUUUGAUCCAAUGACUUCUAAUAUGCAAGCAUUAUACGAUAAAUUUGGAUUAGAUACAAAUACUCAAGACUUCACUGGACAUGCUCUGGCUCUUUUCAGAGAUGACGAAUACCUUAAUAAUCCCGCUGUUAAUACGAUUCGACGCAUAAAGCUAUAUUCCGAUUCAUUGGCAAGAUAUGGAAAAUCCCCAUAUCUCUAUCCUAUGUACGGGUUAGGAGAGCUACCCCAAGGUUUUGCGAGAUUGUCAGCCAUUUAUGGUGGUACAUAUAUGCUAGACAAGCCAAUCGAUGAAAUCGUUUUGGGUGAAGAUGGAAAGGUGGUUGGUGUUAGAUCUGGAGAAGAAGUUGCAAAAUGUAAACAAGUUUAUUGCGACCCAAGUUAUGUCCCAGAAAAAGUUCGUAAGAAGGGGCAAGUGAUACGAUGCAUUUGUUUGUUGAAUCAUCCAAUUGCUAAUACUCGUGAUGCUUUAUCAACUCAAAUAAUAAUACCACAGAAACAAGUUAACCGUAAAUCGGAUAUUUAUGUAUCUUUAGUUAGCUAUACUCAUCAGGUUGCAGCUAAAGGGUGGUUUAUUGGAAUGGUAUCUACAACUGUGGAAACUGACAAUCCAGAAGCUGAAAUAAAACCCGGUUUAGAAUUAUUAGGUCCAAUUCAAGAAAAAUACAUUAGUGUCUCUGAUUAUUACGAACCCAUUGACAAAGGUCUAGAUUCUCAAGUAUUCAUAUCAGAAUCAUAUGAUGCAACAACACAUUUUGAAACAACAUGUUUGGAUGUAUUAGAUAUAUUCAAGCGUGGAACUGGAGAGGAAUUUGAUUUCUCAAAAAUAAAACAUGAAUUAGGUGAUGAAGAUCAGUAAAGAGCUUACGAAAUAAGCAUUUUUUUGCCUUAUGUUUUGGUUAUUAUAAAAUCUUUAAAUAGAGAAAAAAAAAACUAAUAAGAAAUAGACUUCAUUUUUUUUUUUAAAUUUAAAUCAAAAUUAUUGAUUUUUCUUGUAACUUUAUUUUUUUUAUUUAAAUUAUAAUAUAAAAUAUUUUGUACAUUUUUUCUUAACACAAGGCAAAGUGAAAAGACUAGUUUUGGACUUUUUUUUUAGGUUUAAUCUAUCGCAAAGACAUUAAUUACAUUAAAAUUAUUAGAUUAUUUAUUGUUUUAUAUUUUCAGAAAGGUAUAUAUGAUUGUUUAUAUGUAUGUAUAUCUUGCAGUAAUACCGUGGUGCUUAAAAUUCUUAUCUUUUUAAUAUUGCAGUAAUUUUUAAUAUUUAAAAAAAACAGGCGAUUUUAAUGUAAAGUUUAUGCGAUAAAUUAAAGUAAAUGCUUUAAGUUUUUAAAAAAAUAUUGAUUUUAUAAACUAAGUUUAAGCUGAAAUUCUAAACAUACGAUAUGUAUUUACACUAUUAUUUUUGAAUAUUUUGAUUAUAAUUCAAUUAUAACAUACUAUGUGGUAUUAAAUAUAAAUUAAUGAUAAAGAAUAAUUUUAUGGUAAUUUUCGGUUGAUUUUUUAUAUAUUCUUUUUCUCUUAUAUCUUAUUUUUAUCUUUUUUCGAGUUAUUUUUUUUUCUUUUCCGAAUAAUAGUUUUUCAAAUAAAAUGCAGAAAUUGAAAAAAAUUUGUAAAAAUUUUAAUGCCAUUAUCUAUAGUAAUUUUUUUUACACUUGCUUCAAUAAUUUAAAAAUUAAAAUAUAUAUUGAAAUUUUGGUUUAUUAAGAAAAAAAAAUUAAACUAUAUAGGCUUAAAAAAGAAUAUGGGAAAAUAAAUCGAAAUGCUAAACUUUUCAUUCCAUUUUUUUCAGAAUCUCUCGUUAUAUAGCACAAUAUACGUUCACUAUAUUAUCAGCGAUAUUAAUUGUGAUUCAAAUUAAAUUUGAAUAGAAUGUACAUUCAUAAUUCUUAUUUUAAUUUCAAUAGUUUGCAUGUAAUGUUUUAUAGUUUUAAAUCAAUUGAGAAAUUGUCAAUAUUACAUUUGCAUAAAGUAGUACUGUAUUAGAUCAAUUUUAUUUCUUAAUAAGAUUAGAAUUUGCUUUUGAAAUACGUACAUACAAAAUUAUAUAAAAAAAUAAAAUUAACUGCGCUAAACGAAAAUCUUUAAUUACUUAGUAGCUAUUAAUGAACUGUACAAAUAAUUAAAUACUGAACUUAUCAUUCAAUCAAUUUUUAUGGUAUACUACAAUGAGGAACGGUAACAUGGUAAAUCGAUAUUAACAAGUUGUUACAUCAGACAAUUUAAAAUUUCAUGCUUAAUUGUUUUUAAAAUUUAAUUUAUUUAAUUUGGUUUUACUUUUAAUAUUGCUUUGUCAUUUAGCAAAAAUUAGUAUUUUAAAUGCUCUAAAAAUUUUCCAGAGAGUUUGUUUGUAUUUAAUUAAUAAAACAAUUUUUUAAAAUUAUUUUAAAGAUUAAGAAAAAUAUACAUAAAAAAAUUUACUGUGGCUUCAUUAUGAAUAAUUAUAAAAAAAUAAAAUGCUACAAAAAAUUAUAAUAUAAAGUUGUAAUCACUAGACGUAGACAAUUCCAAUAUUCACAAAUGCAGAAUUUUUAGUAAGGAAAACCAAUUAUAAACUUUAAAAUGAAAACAUGAUAAAAUUGAAUGUGCACAUUUUUUAUGUUUCAUACAUGCUAAAAAAAAAAAAAAAAAUGUAACGAAAAUAUUGUUCAAUUUAUUUCUUGGGGAAUAAAGGAAAUAA